UUUCUUGAGUUGAAAAUAGAUCAAUGAGGUGUUGGCCCAGUUCUUGAUAGACAGUAGUCAGCGAGUUUCCUCGAUCUUUCUUCUGUCUUCUGCUUUGUCCGAAUCAAGUCACUAACCAAAUCACCAUAGAAUGGCAUCCAACAGAGGUCAGGGUGGAAUUCAGCAGUUGUUGGCUGCAGAACAAGAAGCUCAACGGAUUAUAAAUGCUGCCAGAAAUGAAAAAAUGGCAAGGCUCAAACAAGCCAAAGAAGAGGCUGAAAAGGAAAUUGCUGAGUAUCGGGCUCAGGUGGAGUAUGAAUUCCAAAGGAAAUUGGCAGAGAGUAGUGGAGAUUCCGGUGCUAAUGUGAAGCGGCUUGAGCAAGAGACUGAAGCAAAGAUCCAGCACCUGAAAACAGAAGCAUCAAGGAUAUCACAAGAUGUUGUGGCCAUGCUCCUCAAGCAUGUGACAAGUGUGAAAAAUUAGAGCCUUUUAUGACAUAUUGGAGCAGAGAACUACUGAAUAAUGUUACUUCUCGUCGUGAGUUUGUUUUGCUUGAAUUGAUUGGCACGAAUAAGGUUCUUGUUCUGGUCACUUGGUGCCCUGCUACGAUAUUUUGUUAUUUAUCUAUAGACAAUUCAGAAAACAUAGGUAUGCCUAUUUGUAUCAUUUGCUAUGGUCAAGUAAGUGCGGAAAGCAGGGCUUAUUCUUUUGUAAACACAGCGAGUAAUUUUAUUCUGCUCUUCAGUGUUGCGUCUCUUAUUGCGUCUUUAAACGGGAUUCA